AUGGCAAUAAGAAAAGUUUCUAAAGUUGUUACACCGGAUCCACCAAAGCCAGGGUCUUCAGUGGAGAUAAAGAAAUCAAUUGGUGUUAAUCGUCAAUUCAACCCAUUCUUAUUAUUUGAUCAUUUUACUAUUCAGAAAAAUGGUGGAUUCCCUGCUCAUCCUCAUCGUGGACAAGAAACAAUUACAUUAGUUUUAAAUGGUGGUGUUGCCCAUGAAGAUUUCACUGGUUCAAAAGGGAUAUUAUAUCCUGGAGAUUUACAAUUCAUGACUGCUGGUAAAGGAAUAGUUCAUGCCGAGAUGCCAAUUCCCAAUGAAGACGGUACUAAAACUCUGGGAUUACAAUUGUGGGUUGAUUUACCAACUCAUAUGAAAUCUGCCCCGCCUAAUUAUAGAGAUUUGAGAGAAUGGGAAGUUCCUGAAGUUGAAACUGAUAAUGGUAAAGUUCAAGUAAGAGUGAUUUCUGGAUCUUCACAAGGUGUACUGUCACUGAAAAAAUUAGCUUUUACUCCAGUUCAUUAUUACCAUUAUACUGUUAGAGCUGGUGGGAAAUUUGAGCAGGAACUAGAUCCAGGUUUUAAUUAUUUUAUUUAUGUAUUGCGCGGUGAUAAAUUGUUGAUUAAUGAGGAAUCCAAAGUUGGUCAGUUCAAAACAGCAUUUUUUGAUGAAAAAGGUGAUCAGUUUAGUGGAAGAAAUGCAGCUGUUAUGGAUUUUCCUGAAACCGAAGUCGAGUUUGUGUUGAUUGGUGGGAAAAGAUUAAAACAAAAACCGUAUCAGUAUGGUCCAUUUGUUGCAACCAAUAAGCAAGGAAUUAGCGAUGCACUCAUGGAUUAUGAAUUGGCUAUGAAUGGAUUUGAAAAGAGAAAGAGCUGGAACUCAUUGAUCAGUUAUGGUGUUUCAAAAUCGAUGGUUGAUGGGGCAUUGAAUGGAAACCUUGAGAAAAGAGCUGAGGCAAAGAAGGUAUAUUUGGAAUCAAAGAAUAAAUAUUAG